AUGUCUUCCUCAACACCCACCACCACCACCGACAGCUCCAAGGCAGCACGGCCGACCACUCUCAACUUCAUCACCGGCAACGCCAACAAACUGGCCGAAGUGCGUGCGAUUCUUUUCACAGAAACAAAUGUGGUGGAGGGCGGCGACAACAGCAGCAACAAACCCCAACUCGUUCUCCAGAGUCGUGAUGUCCCAGGCCACGAAAUCCAGGGGUCGAUCGAGGAGGUGGCGCGCGACAAGUGUUCUAGGGCGGCGGCCGUGGUGGGCGGGCCGGUGUUGACGGAGGACACGGCGCUGGAGUUUGCUGCUUAUAAUGGGUUGCCGGGGCCUUAUAUCAAAUACUUCCUUCAAGCCGUCGGCCACGAAGGUCUGAACAACAUGCUCGCCGCAUACGAAGACAAGACUGCCUUUGCAGUGUGCACGUUCGCGUAUUGCGGCGGACCGGGUCAAGACCCGAUCUUGUUUCAGGGCCGGACACAGGGCCGAAUCGUGCCGGCUAGAGGACCGAGUAAUUUCGGUUGGGACCCGGUAUUCGAAUACGAGGGCAAGACGUACGCCGAGAUGGACAAGGCUGAGAAGGUACGUUUGGGCCCCCAGAAAAUUAUUCGACCCUCAGCAUGA